AAGCUGCGCCGCGUGGUUGUGCGCGGCGGCUUCUAAGGGAAAUGCCGCUGGUGGUGUUUUGCGGGCUGCCGUACUGCGGCAAGAGUCGGCGUGCGGAAGAACUGCGCGGGGCACUGGAGGCCGAGGGUCGCGUGGUGCACGUGGUGGAUGACGCUUCGGUGCUAGGCGCGGAGGAUGCGACCGUGUACGGCGAUUCUGCCCGGGAGAAGGCACUGCGCGCGGCCCUACGAGCCUCGGUGGAGCGGCGUCUGAGUCGCCAUGAUGUAGUCAUCCUGGACUCGCUCAACUACAUCAAGGGUUUCCGCUACGAACUGUACUGCCUGGCGCGGGCGGCGCGCACACCUCUCUGCCUGAUUUACUGCGUACAGCCCGGCAGCCCGAGCCCGCGACCCCAGGCGGCGGGCGUGGCGGAGAGCCGAGCCCCGGACGUCCGUGUAAGUUGGAGGCCGCGCGCGGAGGAGGGCGGGAACCCCCCGGCGGCGGGCCCCGGUGUAGCAACGGGGUCGGUAGUAAAUGGGGCAGUCCGGGCCGACGUACCGAGAGAACUGGGUUGCCGGGAAGUGGAGGCGGCCGAUUUUCCAGCUCGAGCGACUUCAGAGAAGAAGUCUGCGGACUGUGCGUCCGAUGCUGCUUUCUCUCCCGAACUUCUGGAAGCGCUAACGCUGCGCUUUGAGGCUCCAGAUUCCCGGAACCGCUGGGAUCGGCCCUUGUUUACGAUGGUGGGCUUGGAAGAGCCGCUGCCCUUUGCGGAGAUUCGGUCUGCCCUGUUUGAGAACCGAGCUCCUCCACCCCAUCAAGCUACACAGUCCCAGCCCCUGGCCUCCAGCAGCUUUCUCCACCAGUUGGAUCAGGUCACGAACCAAGUGUUGACUGGAUUGAUGGAAGCUCAGAAGAGCGCCAUUCCUGGGGACUUGCUAACACUUCCUGGCACCACGGAGCACCUGUUAUUUACAAGGCCCCUGACCAUGGCAGAAUUGAGUCGCCUCCGUCGCCAAUUUAUUUCCUAUACUAAAAUGCACCCCAACCAUGAGAACCUGCCUCAACUGGCCAAUAUGUUUCUUCAGUAUCUGAGCCAGAGUUUGCACUGAUCAGAGGGGUAGAGGGAAGCCCUGUCUUCUGCCUAACUUCUAUUGCACUUCAGAAAGCCUGAGUAUGAAGGUUUGAAGACCACAUUGAUGUAAUACCAGAGCUGGAUUUAUAGCAUAAGUUGAGACUGGAGAGAAGGGAAAAGUAGCUUGAAGAAUUUUGGCAGAUUCUUCCAGAGGAGAGCUCACACACCAUUUAAUAUUUUCCAUUUGGAUAGGUGAAAAUUGCUCUAAAAUAAUUUGUGAACAAAAAUUGAAGUUGGCACAGUUGGGUAUCUACACUGGCCCUUUCAUACCACAAAUGUAUUUUCAUACAGGCCUGCUUUUGAGUGGAGGAUCCUGUGAUUAAGAUAACAGAUAAAUCCACUGUUUUCUGUCUUUGGGAAACUUAAUUUUUGCGGAAGACAUAAUCACUAGAGUAUUUUCUCAAAUAAAAUAUUUUAAAAGUA